AUGGUACAAGUCCCUGUGCAGUCACCCACCCUCUUUUCUUCUUGUCAUGCUUAUCUGCAACUGCUGCCAUCGAGCAUGAGAGAUUUCAAUGAACGCUGUGCCCAGUGUUCAGAAGUGAACUGGGGUCUGGCUGAUGGCAGAUUUUAUUGCAGAUCUUGUCACAAUGUUACUGAGAGAACUAGAGAAGUUGUAAAUGCUGAUUUUGUUUCUAAUACAAGAGUCCAAACAAUAUCCAAAGGUUUAACAAAGCAGGAAAAAAAUGAUGGAGGCUGUGAGUGGUAUGUUUGUGAAGGCUUUCAGCUUAUACUCAAGAAACAAGCUGAAGCUAUAGAAGCGUUAGGAGUGUGUCCACAAAUGAAGGAUGAAGUUCUGUACAAUUUUUGGAGGCAUUACCUUCAGAAGAGCAAACAGGCCUAUUGCAGUAGACCAGCUGGGGAAACUAUCAAAGCAUUAUCAGUUUGUGAUAGCAGUACUGAUAUAGACAGUGACCCACAGAGACCCAGCCUUCUACACUUGUUGUCUCUCUCUGAAAGUGAGGGGGAUUUACAGACUGAUUGCAGCUUUGCCUCAUCAACUAGCAAGGUCUCAGAAAGCACCUCUGUGUGCUCUGGAUCCGUAGAUGGUAGCUUGUAUUUAAUGAAGAACCAAAAGGAGAAACUGAGGAUGACGAUGCCAAUGACUCUUUCAUUUUGUUACAUGGCGUUACUCUGGUUGAGAGAACCAAUGACAUUAUCUGAUCUCUUAAGGUUUGUUAUUGAAGGUCAUAUUCCAUAUUUGAAUGUUUUUGAGCAUUUUCCGGAAAAGAUGAAGUUAUGUGGACUUGAUCUUAAGAUCUUUUGUGUGGAGUCAUGGCCUGGAUAUGAAGAAGUCUACAACAAAAUGCUUGAGCUUGCAGCAUUUUUAGACCUGCCUCGUUUUCCAGAUAUAACAGACAGCUGCUUUCUUCAUCCAGACAUGUUGUGCAUGAAGUACUUGAUGGAAGCUAAUUUACCUGAUGAAUUGCAUAAUUGGACUCGUCGGGUGGUGAAAAAGACCUCUAUUGGAGAAGCGGAUUUCCUGACUCUUGUGCCUGGAAAUAAGUCAACAAGAAAAGUGAAAUAUGAUGUUCUUGCUGUAGCAGUUAUUGUAGUAGUGCUCAAAUUACUGUUUUUGUUAGAUGACCACUAUGAAUGGUUACUGUCAAACUUUGCCAAGGAACAAAAUAAAAAUAACAAAGAAGGAGGUCCGUAUUUUGAGUUCAAAAAGUGGUACAAGGUUAUAAAAUGUUCCUUGGAUGUGGAGCAAAAGAAAUUGGAUGAAGAAAGAGCCAAGUAUCUGUGGAGGUGUGAAAAGCCACUGUUUUAUUCAGCCAAGAAUAAAGCUAGAGUUCUCAAGAGAAGACAAAUCGUUGUGAAUUUACAAAAUCAGUUUGGCAAGCUGUCUGGUUCAGUGCAACCUGCUGAAAAGCCACGUCCUUCAAGUUUUCAGUUAACCUGGUCUGAAGAAAACACAGAUGGGAGUUGUUUUCACGGGCAUAGCCUGAAGGGAAUUUUGCAAGAAAAAUGUGGUUUACUUACAGCUAUGAAUCCUGACUAUUGGCUGUGCACAGUUAAACUAUGUACAGAGAAAUUGUGUGGUCAUCUGGCUCAUUACAGAGAAGUGGACUUUCCACAGAGUUAUCAUUUUGUACUAAGAUUGUUCUCUUUUCUUCUGAGGAUACAGCCCUCUUAUAUCCAUGACGAGGUGUGUAUGAUAGAACACAAACUUUUUAAUAAAAAACUCUCUAAAAAGCCAAAAUACAACGCAGUCCUAAGGAAGUAA